CCCGGGCUCAGCAUGUUCGCCGGUCAGGCGGCGCAGCCCGACCCCUGUUCGGAUGAGAACGGCCACCCGCGCCGCUGCAUCCCGGACUUUGUCAAUGCGGCCUUCGGCAAGGACGUGCGCGUGUCCAGCACCUGCGGUCGGCCCCCGGCGCGCUACUGCGUGGUGAGCGAGCGUGGCGAGGAGCGGCUGCGCUCGUGCCACCUCUGCAACGCCUCGGACCCCAAGAAGGCGCACCCGCCCGCCUUCCUCACCGAUCUCAACAACCCGCACAACCUGACGUGCUGGCAGUCGGAGAACUACCUGCAGUUCCCGCACAACGUCACGCUCACGCUGUCGCUCGGCAAGAAGUUUGAGGUGACCUACGUGAGCCUGCAGUUCUGCUCGCCACGGCCCGAGUCCAUGGCCAUUUACAAGUCCAUGGACUACGGGCGCACGUGGGUGCCCUUCCAGUUCUACUCCACGCAGUGCCGCAAGAUGUACAACCGGCCGCACCGCGCGCCCAUCACCAAGCAGAACGAGCAGGAGGCCGUGUGCACCGACUCGCACACCGACAUGCGCCCGCUGUCGGGCGGCCUGAUCGCCUUCAGCACGCUGGACGGGCGGCCCUCGGCGCACGACUUCGACAACUCGCCGGUGCUGCAAGACUGGGUCACGGCCACCGACAUCCGCGUGGCCUUCAGCCGCCUGCACACGUUCGGCGACGAGAAUGAGGACGACUCGGAGCUGGCGCGCGACUCGUACUUCUACGCGGUGUCCGACCUGCAGGUGGGCGGACGCUGCAAGUGCAACGGCCACGCGGCGCGCUGCGUGCGCGACCGGGACGACAGCCUGGUGUGCGACUGCAGGCACAACACCGCCGGCCCGGAGUGCGACCGCUGCAAACCCUUCCACUACGACCGACCCUGGCAGCGCGCCACGGCGCGCGAGGCCAACGAGUGCGUGGCCUGCAACUGUAACCUGCAUGCCCGGCGCUGCCGCUUCAACAUGGAGCUGUAUAAGCUAUCGGGGCGCAAGAGCGGGGGUGUCUGCCUCAACUGCCGUCACAACACUGCUGGCCGCCACUGCCACUACUGCAAGGAGGGCUUCUACCGGGACAUGGGCAAGCCCAUUACUCACCGGAAGGCCUGCAAAGCCUGUGAUUGCCAUCCCGUGGGUGCUGCUGGUAAGACUUGCAACCAAACCACUGGCCAGUGUCCCUGCAAGGACGGCGUGACCGGCAUCACCUGCAACCGCUGUGCCAAGGGCUACCAGCAGAGCCGUUCUCCCAUCGCCCCCUGCAUCAAGAUCCCUGUAGCUCCACCAACUACUGCAGCCAGCAGCAUGGAGGAACCCGAAGACUGCGAUUCCUACUGCAAGGCCUCCAAAGGGAAGCUGAAGAUCAACAUGAAAAAGUACUGCAAGAAGGACUAUGCUGUCCAGAUCCAUAUCCUGAAGGCGGACAAGGCAGGGGACUGGUGGAAGUUCACGGUGAACAUCAUCUCUGUGUACAAGCAGGGCACAAGCCGCAUCCGCCGUGGAGACCAGAGUCUGUGGAUACGCUCCCGAGACAUUGCUUGCAAAUGCCCUAAGAUCAAGCCCCUCAAGAAGUACCUGCUGCUGGGCAAUGCCGAGGACUCACCCGACCAGAGUGGCAUCGUGGCGGACAAGAGCAGCCUGGUGAUCCAGUGGCGGGACACGUGGGCACGGCGGCUGCGCAAGUUCCAGCAGCGCGAGAAGAAGGGCAAGUGCAAGAAGGCCUAGUGCGGAGGCUGCAGCGCCGGGCACCAGGGCCAGGCCCCAAGCAUGGGGUUCUUGGACUUGGCCUGCUAGGGCUUUCCCAGGUGGGGACAGAGGGCGGGGUGCAGCUGGCCAGGGGGCGGGGUCCCUCAUAGGCCCUGCCCCUGCCCCACCCUGUGUGCCCCUGGUGGGAGACGCAUUCACCCAGGGCAGGGCGCCCGCAGACAUGAGGAUGAGACGUACCUACCUCACGGCGCUCCUUCCAGAGCACAAAUGCGCUUCCCUAAGGCUAGGUGGGGUCGCCGUGGAGGGGCUGGGGGCUGUUCAUGCAAGCCAUUGAUGGUUUUGGAGAAAGGAUAUGAGAACUGUGAAUUUUCAGGUCUGCAGCCUGGGCAGGGGCACUGACCAAGCCCAACCAAACCACCCACACCCCAGACACAAAAGACAAACUCCUUUCUCCCUGACCCUUCUAUCUAGGAAUUCCCACUGGACACCCACUGACAACCGGGGUCCUAGCUGAAGGGGCUGGAUGGUAUUGUGGGAAGCGGCCCUCCAGCUAGCAUUUGUCAUGUGGACCCUGGUCUCCAUGACCACCUGCUGGGCCGGUCCUUCUGGGUGGGUGAGGUGGGGCUUCACCAUCUGGAGGAGAGGAGGCCCCCACCCGGCCCUGUACCAGUUGGGGCUGGCCCACCUGGAGGGCAGUGGGCUCCAGGACACCCCUGAGAAACCCGCCGGGUGGUCACUGCCUCCUGCUGGAGCUGCCAUGGGGAGGAGGAGGCGUUGCAAAGGCAAAACCUCCCAGAGCGUUUCCUUUGUGGAAACUUGGAACCAGCCCCUUUUAUGACAUUUUCCAGGGGAGGGGGCGGAGGCACUGGCUGGGUUUAGGGCAGUGACACUAUUUGUGUAAUGACAUCAGCUCCCACAAGGCCCCUCAGAAGCGUCAACAGCUGGAACGGGCCUGAAUGGGCAUGGAAUGCUGGCCGCAAAGGCAGGCGGUUAGUCUGGGCUUGGGGGAAGGGGCUUGCUGGCUCAGAGAAGUCCAGGGAGGGAAGGAGUGCGCUCACAGCAGGCGGGGCCGAGGAAGCCAUGACCACUGCCCAUUGCUGUCCCCACUGGUGACGCCAGGGAAGGGACAUGCAUGGGAAGGCUGCUGCAGCCACUCAGGCCUGGGUCUAGCUCAACAGCACACACUGCCCACUACUUUUGGGUUAUCUUUUGUUGUGCCAGUCUCCCAGAGACUCCCACAGGCAAAAAAAAAAAAAAAACCCAGGCCACCUCGUCUGGUGGCGGCACAGGAUCUGUCCUGACUCCCCACCUCCUUGAGCUCUGCACUGCCUUUGCAGCCUCUGGCUUCCCAGCAGGAAGUUGGUUUUGUUUUCCCCACCCACAGGGGCAUAGGCAUUCCAAGGAGGAAGCCUGGGCCUUGGGAAUUGGCUUCCUUCUCUUUCCCUCACUUCUGCUUAUGUCACCACUGCCAUUCACUGAGCACCUGCUCUGUGCUAGGCACUUUACCUACGCGCUCCCAGCCUGUCCUCAUGACAGGGCUUAACUGAUCUUUGCCAGCAAGGAAAUGAACGUGUUGUGCAAAGUCCCGUCAAGACAUGUGGCAGAACUGGGACUCAGACCCUGGAGCGGGUUUUUCUGACCACUCUGGCUCUGCAGCCCACCCCGACACUUCCUGCAGCAGGCUGUAGGGGAGGGGUGCCAUUGCAAUGGCCACUGAGACACUGGCAAGGCUAUUGCCUCUUCAGGACCUUGCUCUGAGCCUGGUGGGGUUGGGGGUGACACCUAGAGGAGGCAGUGAGGGUGGUGGGUAAGGCAGGGAAAAGAGACUUACCACAAAGCAGCCAGGAGGGCAGGGCUCAGCUCCUCUGAAGAGUCCUAGAAAGGUGGUUUGGCGGGCCCAAGUGUGGGGAGGAAGGGUGGAGGGCUUCUGGCAGAAACUCCUUAGAGGCAACUGCCCUGGCAAGAGACCCAGCCUUGGUCCAAGCCCAAGGCUGAAGAGUAAGGGCUGCUCUCCAGGCUCAGAUACUCCAGACUCAGAUACUCCAUCAGCCAUGUUUUGACUGUAGCAAAAGGCACCAUAGGGCGAGGGUCCUGUUUUUGUCUGCAUAGCUUCUAAGCUGCCCAGAAAAGCUAUGCUGCUGACCCCCCCCACUCCCCACACACCUUGACUGCCCUCCCUCCAAGUCUCACCAGUGUUGCAUGGGGCUUGCAUUGGUGUUCUCAGAGAUCUGUCAGAGAGCCAUAGGCCUAGCAAGCAUCAAGGUGUCCUGAGAAUCACUUCAGCUUCCACCUCAGCCACCACUGGCCCUCAGGGCCAAGGCCAUCCACUCAGCCCGGCCCUUGGAACCUAUGUUGGGGCCUGAGAAGUUAGGUCAGGGAUGGGGCCACUGACCAGACUACAGAGCUCACCACAGUGCCUCUUGUGGGCCCAGACUGAAACCAGCCCCCCAACCUCUGCUUCCACUCCUCCCCCACCUGACCCUCCUGAGGUGGGGACCAACUCUCUCCCACCUGCCCCCACGCCAGGGAGGAGAGGGAGAUGCGAGUGGAAGGCCUCUGAUUUGUACAGUUAGGAAGGGAUAUAAAACAGAAGUAGGAUUUGCUUUUGAAGAGUAUAUUAACCAGAGUUGUGAUAUGUAGGUGUUUGAAGAAAACCAUACCAGUUUAGUCUUUGUGUUUCAUCCAGACGCUCCAGCUGUUCUUUUCCUUUCCAGCUGGGUGGUCUGGUGCCCCUGCCAGCUGAGUGCCUGCUUCACUGAUGCACAGUCCUGCAAAGGUGGGAUAAGGGAAGGGGGAGGAAAUGGGGUGCCUCCUAGGUGUGCUUGUAGGCUGUGGCCUCUGUCCACAGCGUCCAUCCUUAAGAGAUAGACAGGAGGCAGCAACCUCAGACUGGAGGCGCACACUGCCUGAGGCCCUGGGUGACCUCCUGGAACUCUGCCUCAGGAGUCACACAUGGGAACCGGAAACAGUCCACUCCUGGAGUUGCUCCAGAUUGAAAAGAGAUUGAGAUCUAGAAGAGACCCCCCCCCCCCCCACCUCCAUCCUAGAGCCGACAGACAAGGCUCGCUGAUGAGCCAUGGCUCAUGGACAGACAUUCCUGUGGGCCACCACCAUGCCAUACCCCCAGGGAUAUUAAAAUUGUCUUUGUGGGGCCUUGCCCCUGCCAGAAACCAAGCCAGCGCCACCUUGUGUCAUUGGCCAUUCCCUUCCUCACUCCCAAAUGCACUUCCCGCGUCCCAGACUCCCUGUGUUGCAGACUUCUGUUCACUCAGAAGUGUAAAUGUUUAGUUGUGACCAUGACAUAUUGUUUGGGUCAGUGUUCCUUUCCAAUGCAUACUAAUAUAUUAUGGUUAUUAUAUAUGAAUAUAUUUAAUGACAUGGAAAAAGUUGUGGAUUUUUUUUAAGAUUUUUUUUUCUUUUUCUUUUUUGGUUAGAGUUGUAAUGGACCCAGAAGGGACUUGUAAUGUGGGCCCCACACACUAGAACUAAAUUCAGAUAUCAUUCAAUAAACUCUUGUAUACUG